ACUAUUUGGGGAUUAAAUACCUACUGCUACUUACUUUACAGCUGCAAACUGUGCAUGCUGCACCACUUCUGUUUUUCGACCGGCUCUUCGUGUAUUCCACCCGAUUCAUAAAAGGAUGACACAAGCAACACCUGUGGCUGCAUCAGUGGCGGAGCCGCAGCCGGCUACACCAGCCAGCACACCAGGGACAGAGACGGAGCAGCAGCGGCAGCAGCAGCAACAGGAGGCGGAGGGAAAGAAGGAGUGCCCAAUCUGCGUCAUGUUUCGGGAAGGCGGCUGCGAAAAGGAGUUCAACGCAUUCAUGGACUGCGGCGUCAAGGGGGAAAAGGGCGAUGGCGACUACAAGGACUGCAUCCCGCUGUUUGAGAGCAUGCGGCAGUGCAUGCAGCGCAACCCGGCCGUGUUCGGCGAGGUGCUCAAUGACGUGGAGGAGCUGGCCAAGACAAACACAGAGUACCCGCCCGCGCCCGCAGCCGCAGCGGAAUAAGGGAGGAGCAGGAGGAGAAGGAGGUGGCGGGGCCAAAAGAGCUAGAAGCUAGGGGUCUAGGGGGUCUAGGGAAGAGGAGGAGGAUGGGCCGGGCACUAGUGGGUUCAGGUUACCUGAGAGAGCGGCGAGCAUGAUGGAUUGCGUUAACUUGUGUUGUUCUAAAUAAAGAGCGUGUGUACUGGAGUGUGCAGGAGGGUGAGUGGAGUGAGGCGUUAAGUACUUGAGAGAGGGGUUCUGUUAACAAGGAAAAGCUGUGGCGAGGGAGGCCGCGGGUGAGAUGUGUGGUGUUACUGGACGUGUUGGCCGCAGCCGACCGAGCGAGGCAGGCACGCGAAGAACGCCCCAUGCAAGGCAAAACUCAAACCAUGAGCUUCAAUUUCUACCAUUUGUCCUAUUGUAUUGCAUCAAGCGUGUAACGGCGGGUGGAAAUCGCGCGCUUGCGGACACUGCAUGCUUACGCUCGCCGACGAUGCCGCGCGACGCCGCAAAGGGGCUGUUACUGGAUAGUCUGGGGUCAAUGAGGCCGUCUGGAGCAGUGCGCAGGCCGUGUCAUGGCGUCAUUCGGGCGGGCGGCGGGUGUCGCGGGUGUUGCAG